GCUCUCGACCUCGGAAUGUAUUUUGCAGCGCUGCAUGCAAAAAAGCGACAGCGCCUUGGACUCAGAUCAAACCUAUGCCGGGCUGCCACGUUCCAUGCGCUCGCUGUUGCAUCUAACGCCUCGACCCGUCCGAUCGAUUCACCGCUCAGGCCUAACGUCGCCACGCCUUUUGGCAACUCCUUUUAUCGUCUGCAGCGUCGCUACAGGCCACGCCGUUGCCACCGACAGUUACCCCUGCUCGCUUGCUUCAUUCGCGUUUCAAACUCAAGAUCGCGCGAACAACAUGUAUCACAUGAAUUUGGACCCGUUCGACAGGCUGCUAGCCGGUAUGCUCCCAUUCCAUCAGUCGUUCCGGCAGAAGCACGCAGCCUUGAUGCAGCGACUCCCCGCCACGCAGUCGAUGUCCCGGUUAGAGCUUUUGUCCUACUUCCAACUAGCCCUUUCCCUGGCGGGGCACCUGGAGGCGCACCACAGAAUAGAGGAGGCAUAUAUUUUCCCAUUGCUUGCGCCUAAGCUGCCUCAAUUUGGCAAAGAACACCUUAAAGAGCACACAACGAUGCACGUAGCGGUCGAGGAGCUCGAAAAAUACAGCAGCGCAUGCAGCAAGGAGCUCAGAUCGCUCAAGGAGAACAAGGAGAAUGACGCAGAAUGGCCAAAAGGCGUGUACGAUGAGGACAAGAUGAAGAGCAUCCUUGAGCACUUGCGGGAUACUCUAUUCGUUCACCUGGCGCACGAGGAGGACAGCCUCAAGGCUGAAACACUCAAGAAGGCAGGCUUCACUGAAAAGGACCUUGCAACCAUUCCCAUUUGAGAGUGUCUCGCGACAUGGGGUCGUGCGAUGUAGAAGGAAUUUUCUAUUGUAUCAUAGCAUUGGUCGCAGCAUUUGGAGAAGACGUACAAGAGGCCCUAUUAUCCUCACUGCGUGUACUUUACAUCCAUCGGAAUGACAGCCGG